AAAAUUCAAAUAAAAAUUGUAAUUUUAGGUUUCUUUUUCAAUUAAUUUCUCCUAAAACCAACGUCGUACGUCACACGUUUGAGAGAGUAAUAUACACGUGUUAGGGAGGGUACGGUGCAUGGAAUGUUUCAUCAAAGUUGAUGUCUUUUAUAUACAUAUAUAUAUGGAUUUCGACAAUUUUUAGAAUGUUGGAGUUUAAGGUAAAAAAUCUGAGUCCAGAGAUGAAGGCUACGUUGAAAUAUUUGGCAGGAAUUGCUGGGCCAAGUGGCUAUGGCUCCAAAACUACUGCUCAACAAGUUGCUGAUGAUUGCUUCUCCUCCAUGCCUUCGUCUCAUCUCACUGCAAUAGUCACUGGCGCGACGUCGGGCAUCGGUGCAGAGACGGCCAGAGUUCUUGCCAAGAGAGGUGUGAGAGUAGUUAUGCCAGCAAGGGAUUUGAGUAAGGCAGAAAGAGUGAAGGAAAGUAUACAAAAAGAGAGCCCAGAAGCUGAGAUUAUCAUAUUGGAGAUUGAUUUGAGCUCAUUUGGUUCAAUUCAGAGAUUUUGCUCUGAGUUUUUAUCAUUAGGAUUGCCCCUACACAUUCUCAUAAACAAUGCUGGCAAAUAUUCACAGAAGCUGGAAUUUUCUGAGGACAAAAUUGAGCUUACUUUCGCCACAAAUUAUUUAGGUCAUUUUUUGUUGACGGAAAUGCUAGUGGGGAAAAUGGUGGAGACAGCAACAGAAUCUUGCAUAGAGGGGAGAAUAGUGAAUGUCUCCUCUGUGAUUCACAAUUGGGUGAAUACCAAACACUUUUGCUUCAGUAAAUUGCUCAACCCAAAAAGCUAUAAUGGCACCAGAGCUUAUGCUCAAUCAAAACUAGCCAACAUACUGCAUGCCAAGGAACUAUCAAGACAGCUCAAGGCAAAAAAAGCAAAUGUGAGUAUCAAUGCUGUCCAUCCUGGGAUUAUCAAGACUGGAAUUACCAGAGAUUACAGAGGCUUUAUUACAGGCAUGCAAAAUAUUUCUCACUUUUAUUCUUUUUAUAGCAUUUGAUUUACCUUUCCCUUUUUACAUGUAAUAAUCCAAUCAAACAUCUGAAUCCCACUCCACUGUCCUGACCUCCUGAUUGGAAUAUUGUUCUCAGAUUCUCUCUAUUUUGUGGCAUCAAAAUUGCUCAAGUCCACAUCACAGGUAAUUUGUCUUCGUUUCACUUAAUGACUACUCUUCAUUGUAGUCACGCAGAAAAAAAUAUGUGAGAGUUAUAUUUUUCAUAUUAAUUUAGUGAUGGAGGUUAUUGUACAACAAACUAAUAUCAAUAAUUUGACGAUUUUGAGAAAGAAAAAAAAAAUCUUUUGAUGAUUUUGAAAGAAUUAAUGGAAAAAAAAAAUGUAUUUUCUUUUGGUGGGACUCAGCCAAUAAUUGUCAGCUAGUCCAAUCCAAAACAAACAACAUACUUUGAUGGAUUCAACAAUUUUUUUUUUUAAUUUUUAGUCGUGUAAUCAUUCAAAAUAAACGUCCUCCUAACGUGUCAGGGGGCGGCCACUACGUGUUACGUUGCGUUGAGCCCUCGAGUGGGAGGCAUGAGUGGUAAGUAUUUCGCGGACUGCAAUGAGAGCCAUUGCUCAGCGCUGGCGAGUGAUGAGAGCAAUGCGAGGAAGCUGUGGAAGCAGACGCGUGCUCUCAUGCACAGGCGAUUUCUUCUCCCGGUGGGCAAAUGUGGUGAAGAAGAACAAAUUCAACCUAAUUAAUUUACCUAGUCUUUUAGGCAUGUAAAUAAUACAUCAAUUAGAUUAAAAUUUCCCACUCUUGUGGUGGUGAUAAUUAUUUGUUUAUCAAUAAUAAAAUGCACAUCACUUCAGCCA